GGAAGCAACAAAAAAAAUUACGAGUAAUUUGACCUCUUCACUUGCUGUUUUCGUGUAAGCUGUCAACAAUAUGUUUAUGUAGACUAAACCCAGUUCUUUGUUUUUGCCUAUUUGGUUGAUCUAACUAGAUCUUUGUAUAAAAGUCUAUUGCCAAAGUGUGAGGUAUGUACUACCCGGUCAAUUGGCCAAGAGUAAUCCGGUUGCCUGUUCUGGGUAGCCCGGUUAUUCAUCAUGUCGUAUGCAAUAGGGAUAAAAUUCUGGUAGCUGUCUUGUCUUCCGACACCCUCACCAUACUGUAUAAUAAGCCUUGCAUACCAGUGGCUUGCUUAAAACGAGAUGCUAAAUCAUUGGAAGAACAUGGAGAAAACCAGGAAGUGGAGUGGAAACCAGAUUCAUCUGCCAUCGCUGUUACUACAUCGAAAGGCUACUUGUCAUUUUAUGAGUUGAGUUUUGUCUCGGACCAACAACAUUUGUAUGAGCAGAGAGACUCUACAAUUCCAGGACUUAGAAGAGAGAGUGCUGAACUCUACAUUAAAGAUAGUGUACCAGCCUUCACUCUCAAGCUUUCUCAAACAAUACCAAUUGACACUGGUGCUACAGGGUUGGUUUGCAUUCGUGAUGAGCUGAUGGUGGCAACUAAAUAUGGACAUGUUCUAAGAUAUUAUUGGAAUGGAACUCUCAAUCGGGAUUACUGCCUUGAUUUGAGGCGCGUACCAUUUUGCGUUGAUCAGCUUGCUGCUAGAGCGGUUCCCAUUACAGAACCCAACACUUUCAUCACGCAAAUUGAUUAUUCACCUUUACUGGGUGGAUUUGCUGUAGUUCUUAAUGAUGGAAGAGGAGCCUUUCUUACUGCUACUACAUUAAAGUUUGAUCCGAACCAAGUCCAGGGGAUUUGGGCUCCACUAGAUGACGUGACGUGUACCGCCAUCAAUCAUAGAUAUCGAUUAGUGGCUUUUGGUCGUCGUAAUACCCAUACUGAUGUUUACACUAUUGAUGAAACGACCGGCGGAUUACAACUCUCUCACACUUUACAGCUGAGCAGUAAAGAUUUCCCUGGUUCACCUGGUCCUGUCCAGCUGCUGAAAUGGAGUCCUGAUGGUUGCUGUUUAGCUCUUUGUUGGGCAAAAGGUGCUGUUUCCUUGUGGUCAACUUUUGGCGCAUUGUUACUCUGCACGCUCAACUGGGACUAUGGUGCAGCUCAGCAUCAUUCUUUUGCCGUCCGCACAAUGGACUGGGGCAUCGAAGGCUAUCAACUCUGGAUGAUUUCUUUAACUGGCGAUGCAUUAACUCAGAUGGAGUUGGUAAAAUCACCGCUUACGGCAAAUCCGUGCAUGAGCUCCAAAGAACGACUUUAUUUACAUGGACAAGACCGAAUUUACAUCAAUAUCAGUGACACAAGUCCACGCCGAACAUCUUCCUCCACCGGUGUCGACUCUUGUGCGCUACUUAGUAGCAAACAAUGGUUGAUUGUGCAAGCACCUUCAGCCUAUAUGGCCGGUAAUUGGCCUCUGCGAUUUGCAACAUUAGACGCCAAAUGUGAAAAUCUUGCCGUAGCUGGUCGAACUGGUUUUGCUUUAUACUCAUUUUCGACACGCCGGUGGAAACUGUUUGGAAACGAGUCUCAAGAACGUGAUUUCGUCGUUGCUGGAGGGCUCUUGUGGUUAAGUACCAAAGGCCAACCGCAUGUGGUCAUGGGCUGUUACAAUAUAGGUGCUGAUCGAGACGAAAUUCGACUCUAUCCUCGUGACAAUGCUCGACUAGACAACGCUUUCUGCACUGUUCAACAAGUUACGGGACAAAUUCUGUUGCUUAAUCUAAUGGGAGACACGUUAUUGGUUUACACAUCUGACUGUCACAUUAGCCUUUUUGAAACAGAAACAUCGGGGAAUGGACAGUUGCAAUUGUCCAGGACACAAGAGAUUGACGUCAGUACGCUCGGUCUGCAUCCUGCGUGCUUAGUGGCCGCUACCCUGACUAGUUUGAGCCAUGCCACCGAACCGCAACAACCGCACGGGCCAUCUCGCCAGCAAAAUAUUUUACUCAAUGUGUGCGGACGUGUUCUCCUUAUUCAACGUAAUGAAGGAUCUGACGACAGUGAAGAAGGAUCUGCCUACUAUUCCGCCCCGACCGUCUUGGCGUCAAGUGUUGAGAUUCUUUGGGUCCCCAAUCCCGACAGACUGUGCCCACGUAAACCUCACUUGACUCAGGCGUUGUGGCUCUGUUGUGGAGCCCACGGGAUGCGCGUUUGGCUUCCGCUCUAUCCGCGUGAAGGUGACAAAGGGCACCACGCCUUUAUGUCGAAGCGGAUCAUGUUACCGUUCCAGCUACACAUUUAUCCACUAUCUGUCCUUUUUGAAGAGGCCAUUCUUAUCGGCGUCGAGACGGACACAUUACUUUAUCCUUCCAGCGCAACUUCGGAAAAUCCGUGGCUCAUUCCAUUAUGUGUACUUGAACGUAAUAGCCAAGUUUAUCUACAUCACAUCUUUCGGCAAUUGAUCCGACGCAAUUUGGGGUUCCACGCUUGGGAAAUUGCCCGUGGUUGCACCGCUCUACCUUACUUCUCCCAUUCAUUGGAACUGUUGCUGCAUGAGGUACUAGAAGAAGAGGCAACCAGCAAAGAACCUAUACCCGACGCACUAUUACCGAGCGUGCUUGAAUUUAUCCAAGAAUUCCCCGUUUAUCUGAAGACUGUGGUGCAGUGCGCGCGGAAGACGGAAGUAGCUCUCUGGCCUUACCUUUUUGGUGCCGGAGCAAAUCCUCGCCAACUUUUCCAGCGUUGUCUGGAUUCAAAGCAACUGGAUCUGGCUGCUUCUUACCUAAUUAUUUUACAGAAUAUGGAACCAGUGUCAAUCAGUCGGCAAUAUGCUACUGUGCUACUGGAUGCCGCACUUGAAAAUUGUAGCUGGGAUUUGGCCAAAGAGUUGGUUCGUUUUUUACGUGCCAUCGAUCCCAGCGAUGCCGAUUCAGCGACUCCCAGUUUUUCUUCGUCCUGGAAACCCGGAUCGGCUCCUAGUCCUGCUGGAUCUCUCCUUCCAGCUAAAAUAAGUUUGGGUUCACAAACACCUCCAGUGAGUCCCAAUCCGGAAGAUUUUAACUUUUUAUUGGGAUCAACUGUCCACCGACCCGGAAGUCGGGCCGCCGGAAGCAUGAAAUCGCCGUCGUCUGAUGCGAGUACAGGAAUUCAUCGUGAAAUCACUCGAUCAAUGAGCGAAACUAUUCCAAUGAGCAAAAACUAUUCCUCCCCACCUACAGGAAAAGAACCUCCACCACGAAAGAAGUCAGCUCCAGUUAAUUCCCAUCCGAUUACCAUAACUGCAGAACACGAUCCACCCGAUCCAUCUUUAGAAGAGCUCUUUAUGGACUUGAUUUUACAACGACACGUCCGCCGACUCCUAUCGGCCGGACGUUUGAGAGAUCUUGGCUACUUGGCGGCUCAUUUUGAAUGUCCAUUAGUAAGCUGGCUGAGUAGAGAACGAAUGAGAGCAGCUCGUGUCGAUGAUUUCGUUAGCGCCAUACGUCGUCUGCACGCUGAUUUUACCUGGCCUUUCCCAGUAGUUAGUACUCUGCCCGUUCGAAAAUUCUCUAAUCGUAGCAUAUCACUCGAAGAGAAGUUGCAAGCAUUGGAAGUUGAUGUCAGUGCCGCUCCGGCAAUGACAACUCCAGUUUCAUCUGAUCCACCCUUCCAGCUUCGACAUAACGGCGAAGUCUCGCAUCCUCCUGUUAACGGAGGACUAUUGCUCCAGACCGUCGAAGCCCAAUUGAAACCCCACGUCCCAUCUCAGGAAGAAUGGAGCAUCCAAAGUGAGGGGGAUCAAAUUAGUUUGGCUGGUGAAGACAGACUAAACGACUUGGACAGUCUUCAAGAAUCCUCGUGGGGCGUUCACUCGAUAACCACAGAAGCAGCAUCGGCAGCGUCCGCUCUUUGCGAUCCUCCUCUUAAAGCGAAUGCCCAAGCAGAGUUGCAACUGAGAUAUUUGCUACAGCUUUUCACCGAAGCUGACUGUUUAGAUUGGGCAUUAGUUUUGGCAUUGGUUCUUCGAGACGCCAUGGCGGUCUUGAGGUUAGUUAGUAUGGCAAGGAGUGCAUUAACCAGUUGCCAGCCACCCAACCAAGCGGCCACGAUUGAAAUCGUCACUCGAUUAAGAGAUGCCUUGUUGGCUUUGUCACACUGGGCAGAGACUGAUUGCCAAGGCUAUCGACCGUUUAUGAACGUCAUUUACGGUCAGGUGGGUAUUUUGACUAAACUUAUUUUGCCUCACACCAACGGCCCUUUGAGUUCACCGUUGGAAGCGAAUAGCACCUCUGAAUCUGCAAGCCAGGGCAGCGACACGAAAUCGCGCCAUACUUCUGUCACUUUAUUGACACCAUUGUUGGAUCGUGUCACCGAAGAGGAUAUGGACAUUCCCGUUUUUAAGGCCAAUGGCAAAGUGGAUAAACUGAAUCUACCAUCUGAAGGUGCUGCAUUGCAAUUAACGCAGCAAUUGGAGCAAUCAACGAAGAAAGAGCCAGUCAUUCAACAACCAGACGAACUACCAAUAACCCAACAGGGAUCCGGCUGUAUAAUUUCAUAAUUCCCUUCUCUCUUGUGCCACUCAGCCACUCGAUUUGGAUCUGUUUUCUCACUCUCUUUUUGUUUUCGAUUGACAUUUGACUCGGAUUUCCAUUCCUAUGUCUUUUUCCAAAUUGUUCUUCUUAUUAUUCAUCUUAAAAACCUCAGAGCAGCUCGGUACAAAACAAGAAGAGGGAAAAGACAAAGAAGAAUCAAACGUGCUUCAACAUUGUGUCCUCUCAACAUGUUGUAAACUUUAGUCUUCUUAACGAGGCAUUCUGAUGAUAACGGGUCGGCCAUAGAGUACGGGCGAAAUUUGUAUAGAAAAAAAUAACUUUGUGUUGUGCCUUAAGAUUACGAAAUACAGUGGAGGGAUAUGUGUCCUAUUAUUAUACCAA